CGGACCGACUGACGAUCGGCCUCAUCGCGGGAAGCGGAUGGCGGGGAUGGCGUUGGCACGGGCCUGGAAACAGAUGUCCUGGUUCUACUACCAGUACCUGCUUGUCACGGCGCUCUACAUGCUGGAGCCCUGGGAGCGGACUGUGUUCAAUUCUAUGCUGGUUUCCAUUGUGGGGAUGGCACUGUACACAGGAUACGUCUUCAUGCCACAGCACAUCAUGGCGAUAUUGCACUACUUUGAAAUUGUAUAGUGACCGAGAUGUGACCAGGAUCCAGAGGUUCCUUAGGGAGGAAUCGCCCUCCGAAGUUGGAAUGGGACUUCAUCAGAUGUCAUAAGAAACUACUAGAUGUCAACAUAACCAACCUUGUGAAUAUAAAGACUAAAAUUCAUGAGUAGAACAGGAAGAUAAUCCUGACUCAUGUGUUGUGUUCUUUAUUUUUAAUUUUAAAAGAGACUCUUGUAUAGUAAUUUUUGUCUAUUUUAACAUUGUAGUCAUUUGUACUUUGAUAUCAGUAUUUUCUUAACCUUUGUGACUGUUUCAAGAUUACACCAUGGAAGCUUUUAUUAAUGUAACUUUGAGUACAUUUUAAUUGCCUUCUAUUUUUAAAAUUCAAAGUCAUUAGUUGGGCUUUACUGCUCUUGCUAUUGUAUGGCAUAUACAUCAGCCUGAAUAUAUUUCUACACUUGACCAAAGUUUUAUAAGAAACAAUACAAGAUUUGGGGCAGGGGAGAGGGGAGGGAGGAUAUUUUAUUGAGCACUACUUACAAAAGACUUAUCUGUAAGUUCGAACUCAGGAGUACAGUUUUAGCUAUCUAUACUCCACUCUGUUUAACAGCUUUUGCUUUAAAACUAUUAAAGUGUUUCUUAACAAUGAAAAACAGAUCCUGCUAAAGUUAAAAUAAAGGAACAUUUCACCUUUUAAAUAUUUAAUUUUUAUGUGGACUUAUUUCCAGAAAACUUUGAUGAUGAUUCUCGUGACCAAAGGUUCUCAAAUGGUUAAGUAGCAUUAUUAUGUAAUGCUUAUAUACCAUAGAGUUUUUAAUAGAAGGUGAAUCAGUUUCCUCUGAGGGCCACUGUUAACAGUGUACUUCCUUAAAUUUAGUUUCAUGAUUGUAAUGGGUGCUGUAAAUGCAUUUGCACAUUACAAUAAGAGAUGAUGAGAUGAAUUGUUAAAAACUAGAGCAAAAAGAAGUAUAAAUUUGGUUAAAAUCCUUUCAUUCUUUGUAUUUUUUUUAAAGAUUUCUAUUCCUUAAAUGUAAAAUGACUACCUAAUUUUUUUGAUGUAAACUCAUUAAAUUCAAAGAGAAA